AUGCAGAAGGAUCACGACGAGUUUGUCCGAGCGGUGGAUGACUCCCUUCGAAAUAUAAAGGAGCAGGUGCAGAGGGGAAAUUUACGCGCUAAUCCUGCAGCUGCCAAGUACCUCUUGGAAGAGGGGCAUCACGACAUCGUAUCCAGCGUAACGCAUGCGACCCGUCCGGGCGUGAAACAGUUGCUCAGCCGGGGCAAGUUGGGGCGAGAAAGCUUAUUGGCUCUUGGUGAAACCCGUGAUUUACCUAGACAAGGGGUAUAUGCAAAUGUCGCAACCAGUGAUACCGACAAAUCCACAGUUCGCAUUUAUAUUGGUGCAGCUGCGGGGCCGUACAACUCACCCCGUUCACGAGGAAUGGUCGAUCUCAUCCUACGGCAUAAGCGGGAGAUACGGAGCAGCAGACCGACCACAGUUUUGCAUCAUAGAACACUGCGAACUCCCGGCUGGCAUGCCCGUUGGACUGUCCUGGUCGCCUUUCCGGAAUGUGUCAGUAGGCAGCUCGUACUCAUCGCACAGACGGUUAUGACCGUUCUCUUCGGGACUUGUCUGAACAAAGCAUACGCUGCCUGUCGCCCGGAGUAUUUGGCACGUGUUCCGCCUGAUUGGGGGCUGAACGAAAUGGGUCCACUUGGGCCGGACACCUUAGCGACUUAUAAUAAGAUCGACGACGGGGCGGAUCCCGAAGAGACCAUGCUUAUUCGCGAAAGACUGCACGCUUCUCACGUGGCAUUCAGUGCCGUCCACCAUGAACGACGACUGAAGCGGGCCAGGAACGGGGGUCCCAUCCAUGUCAACAUCUUGAUCCAAAGUGGGGAGAUAAAAAGGUUCUUUAUCACGCCCAUGAAAGCCAGGGACGGCGGCCAUGUUGAUAUCUUGAUUCCUUUGCCUAUCGGCCUCCAUUACGGGCUCCAAGUGUCCCGUUCAGUGAAUUUGACGCUAGACCUCAGCACCAGGAAUCAUCAUACCCCGUAUGCGGCGAAGUCCAUGUACAACAGCGAUGCCCGGCGGUUGGGGCUCCUGCUUGAAGGGCACUACGCUGUUGGUCCGCAGAAAGGGAGCAAAUUCAGCCACUGGCUCCAGUCGAAUAUGAGGGCUGGAAUUGGGAAGGCUGAAAAGCUGAUACAGUUUAUAUCGAAUGAAUGUGGGGACAUCAACCAGGCCAACAUUUCGAAAGGAAGUCGCCCUGACUACGUGGUCUGGAGACAGAACAACUUUGUGAACCAGCCAGAGCCUGAAAGAAGCGAGCUCUCAUUGCACCCUGAGCUGAAGUUCAACCACUCUUCGUCAGACACGCCGCCCUAUCCGGGCCAGGAAGUAAAUGGGAUGCUCCGUCAGGUUAUUUUGCAGCUUUUGAGAGCCUUGCAAGCCCGGAUCAUCUCUAAGAAAAUACGGGUAUGCCCGACUAUCUGGCGCUAUUUCAAAGGCAGCGAUCUAGAGACAAUGGCGGAUGCUGUCUCCCAGGCCGUCCGCCCCGCCGCUGCCGAACUCCUGGUAUCCUCCAAGCCAUUCACGCCAGCCAGACUUCUCUCCAUCGGCGGGAAUAUUCGUGAUCAUCAACAGGGCGUCUAUGCCGACAUCGUCACCAAUGAGGACCCGAAAUAUUUCAGAAUCUAUGUGGGUUCAUCGGCAGCAGUUUCCGACAAUCACACAGUCAGGGGCCUCAAUAGGAGGAUUCGAGACCACCUGUCCUUCAUCCGGUCGGAAUCGGGUAGGCCCGAGAGCGGUAUACCACACUCUGUCGAGGUUAAAAAGCCUGGUUCACGCGCAAAUUUCAUUAUAUUAGUUCGGUUCGCAACACCCGUGGACAGACCGGUCGUCCAUAUUGCAGAGGCCAUCAUGACAAUUCUAUUUGCGUCCUGGGACAAUAAGACAUUCCUGUACCUACGACCAGCAUACCUACCAAAGCCCGACGGAUGGGGCCUGAACAGCUCGAAUCCCAUGGAUUUCGCAAUCCCAGGUCACUACUCCGGCCCGGAAUACAGAGAGCAACAGAUCCUCAGAGGUCGGAACAUGGCCGCGAGGAUGCAGGAAAGGAGGGUAGCAGAGGCUAAAGCCGGGGGCGCUGUCCGCGUCGGCGCUUACCACGUGAAGGGCAAGUAUUUGGAGUUUAGGUUCAACCUCUGCGGCGAAAUCUUUUGUAUCCCCACCACCCUCGGCAAAUCAUUGGGCUUGGACAUCUAUCGCGUCGUCAACGUCGAAUGCGAUAUCCGGGUCGAGCAGCAUCCUUUCGCUUACGCCCAGAGAGCACAGUGGGAAGCCAAGGCAAGGAGACUCGGCAUAUGUCUGAAAGGAACGUACCAGCGUGGAGAAUGCAAAGGUCAAGAGUUCCAGAAAUGGAUUCAAUGUAAUUCGGACAUGGCCGUUUUGCGCGCGGAGAGGCUCAUCGAUCUUCUAAGGGAUUAAUUGCCAAUGGCUCUUCGAAGCAGGCUUCUAUCAGUCAUUUUGCAUUGGUAGGGAGAGUUUGUCGUCGAAUCCUGUAAUUCUCACAACACAAUGAUGUCAACAUUUUCGUGGAGGGGGCGAGAAUGGCAAGGGAGUUGGGUAGUCAGGCCGAUUCUACCAACAAGCGCCAGGGAUAAAGGUAUAACGUCAGCCUAGCAUGUAAGCGCCUAUCACGUGCCGUUGUGAUGUGUAGUCGUAGGGAGGGGCUCGCGACUCAAUACUCCUAACACCAAACCAUCCUCCCUGCCAACAAAAAGGACGACAAAGAUGCCGUUUACUUUAUGGGAUCAAGAAGUGGACGCAGGGUCGUUUUUCAUCUUCCAGCGGGUGCGAAGCUUCUACAGGCUGUUUGCUUUUGCUGGUAGCUUAGUCGCCGCCGUCUCUGUCACUGCCCUCUCUCUGCCAGAGUUCCAUCCAGCAACAUCAACCUUGGCAUCAGUUUCCGAAGGUCUGCUAUGCAGUUCAACCAUCACAAGCACCAUUUCGGCGGUUACGGCUGUGAUGCUGCUAUUUCGAUUUGAGGGAGUCGAGCAGGCGACUCGUGGAGACUCGCUGGUGGCUUGGUUACCUCUCGUUUUCCUUGACGUCUCCGUCCUAGAAUUCCUCGUCGCUAUGGUCUGUUGGUAUUGGGACAAAAGCCCAUACCGAGGUGCCUUCUUAGUAUGCAUGCAGUUCAUCAUGCUGUUAUGUAUAUGCAUUACCCUGGCAACGUGGAUGUGGUUUUCUAUGAAGAACAUAACCAAAUCGAGUGGAAGGAAAGCUUCUAUUAUCGACAUGAAACCGAAUACAGACAACUCAUCAAGCCGUGGAACCACGGGACAACGGCAGGCGCACCAUUCCUCUACUUAACGAGGCACCGCCCACGGUACGUCAACUCCUAGUUUAUUUGCCAUUCUCAUAGCCGACACAAUGCAACCUUCCAGAAGAACCAUACCAUCCCAGCACCAGCCACCCACAAGGAAAACAUUGCCGUCUCCAUUCCGCCAGUGGGGUAACUUCUCGUCUUGAAUUUGUGCAGGUGGCAUUGCGUCGAAAAGAUAAGUGAUCAGUUUCUUACUCUUGGUAGUUCGCAGGACCCGCACAAGUCUGACGCGAUGCGCUACCUUCGUCGGAUCGAUUGGCGCCACUGGUGCUGUCGUCACAAUUGCAGAUGAUGGGUGCUCAUGGCUCGAUUCAGUUGCCGCAGAGUUUGAGCAUAUAUGCAUGGGUUGUGCAGGCGCUGUGAUCUGAUCUAUGUUCUUCCAUAGAUGUUUGCUCGACUGCAGGAUUCUGCUAUAAUCAUAAUGCACGACUGUCUCCACUGAGACGGUGGGCACAGACAUCAUGGCUCGUCGUAGAGGCUGGAAUAUGGCACCCACCACAUCUGGAGUCACGGCAAGGAUGACAUAAUCGAAGAGCUCUUCGUGCGUUUGGAGGCUGUGUACGUCUGUCCAGGAGAUCUGGGCCUUGUUUCCGAUGGUCGUCACACCUGUGACCUUGGCUCCAAACCUUGUCUUGAUGCCCGCAGAAAGCUUUUCUUCGACCUGAUGGAUACCUCCAGCAACGGUAAAAUGGGGUUUUCCAUACGUCCGUUUCUCGUAUUCCAAGAUAUCAGUCGCUGGAAAUCUCAGCAAGGCGUCAUGGGUACACGUCGUCACGCUCGACAUCAACGGAAGCAGGUAUUUCUUGGUGUAGUACCGCGGCAACUGGAUUCUUUCGAUAUACUCCUCAAGCGACUCUACUUCGCCAGAUUGGUCGUGGGUUUUGGGCGCUAUCAGAAAGCAGCAAGCGGUAAACCAGAGGUAACAAGCUGCUAAGUAGCAUAGCUCCCAGAUCCACACUCCAAGUCGGUACUUAUCCGGCCGUAAAGGGGGAAAUCUAUGGUUGUUGGAGGAGUGGAUAUAGUAGGGUGUGGCCAUUGCGGAACCGUCUUCUGGGAGGGUAGAAAGAGGAUAGAUGAAUUUCGGCGACGCGAACUUCAAUCCGAGGUACUCAUACAUGAGCUUCAGGUUAUUAUAGUAACCACCAGCAAACGCACGCAUUGGUAGAUCGAUGCGGCCUUGCGUAUGAGUUGCAGGUUGUUGUUCUGCGGGUGUGUGGGAGGCGGAAUCGAGUGACAGGCGAUCUUGCUGAUUUGAAAGCCAGUGUCAGAAAUGGGUGCAGACUAUUCAAACAUAUCAUUCCGUACCAUUUCGAAGACUUCCACAUCAUAUCUCUCCUGGCUGUCCCUCGCAAGUAGAUACGCGGAUGUCAGACCAGCCAAUCCGGAGCCAACGACAGCUACUGUCUUCUUCGCAUGGCUUUGUUUUGACAUGGCGUUCGUAGCCCGACAAGGCACAGCUUGUCGCAUGAAAGAGUAUCCGCAAGAUAGGAACGCUCCGGGGGCUUUGUCCAGCGACGUCGUUCAAGCGAGACCCACGAUAUUCAAUCCGCCACAUGAGUGAGCGGACCUCGGUACGGCGCGGUCACGUUACCAAAUACGAACUGGAGCGGACUUCCAACCAAAGUGGAAUAGCGCGGUCGAAUUACCUUCAAUCGAAUCAUGAAGCGUCGACAAG